AUGGAUCCUUCCAAAGAACAGGGUUCUCACGACAGAGUCGAGGAAGUCGAGUCGCCCAUUGUUAUCGACCAAGGUAACGGCGCUGUUCUUCUCGAUAUCAGCCAGGGCAAGUCUGAACAUGGAGCUGCGAAUCUGAAACUGGGCAAAGAUGGACAUACGGUACUAAUUCCACAGCCGUCGGACGACCCAAAUGAUCCUCUCAAUUGGUCAGACCCGAAGAAACAUCUCAUCCUCGUCACAAUAGCCGUGGCAGCCUUUCAAUCGGAUUUCCAGACAGCUCUUGGAGUUCCCGGUCUUAUUGCUCAGGGAAUCGAAUGGAACCUCAGUCCGACUCCUGUCAAUUAUGCAGGAAACCUGAAUGUUCUCAUGAAUGGCAACGGUGGGGUCUUCUGGAUGCCGUUCAUAUGCUUCUGGGGAAGAGCUCCCGUGCUAUUCUGGGUCCCUUUGGCCAGGUAUCAGGCCUCGCUGCCGAAGACGAAGUCAUGUUAG